AUGAAGUUCAAGAAAUUCGUCGAAUUCCUUCAAUAUUUUGCGACUGGCACAUCUCUUUCCCUCAACACCCUUCUAGUGUUUCUUGUCAUCGCAAAAUCGCCAAAACAUCUCGGAUCGUAUCGAUACUUGAUGGUGUAUAUCGCAAUUUUCGAAAUCAUCUAUUCGAUUCUCGAUGUUCUUGUCUCACCAAUCAUAUUCUCUCAUGGAUCUAUCUUUCUAGCAGUUGUUUCUGCCAAAGAUAACGUUCUCACAGCUAACAAACAAGUUCUACUUUAUCUUGAUUCAAUUUGGUGUGGAUUUUUUGGCGCGUUCAUGGGUGUUUUCGCACUUCAGUUCAUCUAUCGAUACUUUGUGGUUUCUGGGUGAGCUCAAAAAAAUUUUGCACGAUUUAUGAAUAAUUUUCUACAUAGAUCAAUAAAAAUCAAAAGUUUCAAUGACUAUCGAAUUGUCUUCUGGAUGUCAAUCCCAGUCAUAACCGGAGCGAUUUGGGGAAUUGUUGAUUUUUAUCUUAUUGGUCCGACAAAUCAAACCGACGAUGCAAUUGAGAACUUCCUCCUCUCCGAAUUCGACACAAAAAUUGAGGAUAUCACAUAUAUCGGUCCAUACUUAUAUCAAAAACAAGUUGAUGGAACAGUGAAAAUAGACAUGAAUGCUCUGAUCGCUCUGACAAUUAUGUUUGUGAUCCUGAUAUUUUCGAUCAGCUUCAUUCUUAUCUCCGCCAUCAAAUGCUUCAUUCAACUAAACAUCUUCCUCAAAGUCAACAAAAGUCUAUCAAGAAAUUACAGCAGUUUUCAGAUGCAGUUAUUCUAUGCUCUGAUUGUUCAAACCACAAUUCCUCUGAUUUUCAUGCAUCUUCCUGGUUUGAUACUUUAUGUGUGCACAAUGUUCGAUUUAAAUUUCAACCUUUCCAGUUUUAUUCUAACCCUGACUAUUGCAUUAUUUCCAGCUCUAGAUCCACUUCCUGUUAUGUUGAUAAUCAAAGAUUAUCGGUUGGCAUUGUCAAAUAUUGUCACAAAUCCUGUUAUAAAAAUAAGUAAAACAUAA